GUUUUGUGUUACUGCUGGGCAGUUGCCUGGUGUCGUCGGUUUGGAGCACGAGAACCGUCUCGAAAUUCAUCACCGCGGCGGAUCAGGACCGCUAUCAGAAGAUUUUCGCCGAUGGUCUCGCUUCGUCGGAUUUGCAGGCGGUGUACUUCUCGUCGGUGAACCUGGUCGACAAAGCUCCGGAUGCUUGCAGCCGGCUGGACAAGGUGUACACCGAGUCCAAGUACAAUGACUUUGAGAAGAAUUUCUACUUUUCGGGAGCGUGGAAAAACUUCGGAUGUAAGACGGAUCCGGCCAAGGUGAAGAAGACUGUCGAGGCGGCUUUGCUGAAGGAUUCCAAUUCAGCGCAGGAAGUGUAUUUCAAUUUGAAUUCGGCCAAGUACUUGGGUGUGACGGUGGAUCAGGCUACGAAGACUCGUUUGGCGAAGAACCUGCAGACCAUUCUGAAGAAGGACGAUUCGUUGAACAGCCUUGGUCAUGCGUUCGCCGUAGCAGCCGAACUGGGUGCCAGCGGAUCUUUUGCUUUUGAUCGCGUUGAGGAAGCUUUCGUUCAGGCUGAUGAAGUUGAUGGAAAGAUGCUGCAGUUUGAGGGUGGAUUGAGCAUCACUGCUCUGAUUGUGAACAGUGCUUUCAAGCUGUCGACGGUUUUGAAUAAGCCGGCUCCUAUCAACGCUGAUCAAGCGGUCAAAUUUGCCUCGUACUUCCUGUCUCGUUCCUCGGUGCAAACUCCCAAAGGAGUAAGCAUUCUACUGGAAGCAUUAAACACCCUCUCAGCUCAGAAGAACAUUGCUCCAGUUUGCGUCAAGUUGUCUGGAAAUGGACAACUCCUACCGGAAUCGCCCAUUUUGAUGGUCAAAAUCAGCGAUUUGCUAGGUAAGCCGUUGAGCCCCGCUCUGGCCGUUGUGAGCACAACUAUCACUUCGAAAACAACGAAUCAAGCCCUGGUAAGCAAGGUCAACCUGGUCCCGAGCAAUACCGAUGCCAGCGUAUUCACUUACAAUCUGAAAACCGCAAACCCAGCCCGUGGCCAAUACAAAGUCGAUGUCGAAGCUGGAGCCUACAAGCAGACACUGAAAAUCAACGUCCUCGGCAAGGUCAAAGUCAGCUCCUUGGAAAUUGGCGUCGGAGAUUCUGACAGCACUUCCGCAGUCAAGAAGCACUCCGUCUCGUAUGCCAAUAAACUGGACACCGAACUGGCAGCCGAUUCCCAGCAAAAGAUCGUUCUGAAGGUCAGCCUGGUUGAUGAAUCCACCGGAAAACCCCUCACCGUGCACCAGGCGUUUGUUCUGCUCCGCAACAAGGCCACCAAGGAGGAAAUCAUUUUUGUGGCAGAGGCAGACUCCAGCAAGGCGUACAAGUUCGAGAUGGAUGUCGGUGCUCGGAGUCAAGACUUUGGACACAAGAGCGGAGUCUAUUCGGUGGAGCUAAUCGUCGGAGAUGCGCUGAUUUCGAACUCCUUCCGCUGGUUGGUGGCCGAUGUCAGUCUCAAGUUUACCGGGGAAGUCGCCAAAGAAACCGCCAAUACCGCCCGUCAACCGCUACCGGAGAUCAUCCAUCAAUUCCGCGCCCCGGAAAAGCGCCCGCCUCGCAUGGUGUCCGAUUUAUUCACCGGGCUCUGUAUCGCCCCACUGGUCCUGUUGUUCCUGCUGUGGGCCAAACUGCGAGUCAACAUCAGCAACUUCCCCUUCUCGCUCAGUGCGCUCGGUUUCCACCUGGGCCUGGGGGCGAUCCUUGCCCUGUUCGGUGUGUUCUGGCUCAAGCUGAACAUGUUCGAAACCAUCCGGUAUCUCAUACCGCUGGCAGUGUUCACGUUCCUGUGCGGCAACCGACUGCUGCGGACAAUCGCCAACCGAGGCUCGGAGAAGUGAUCUCCUGCAAAUCUCUCUUUUUCUAACCACAUUCGUCGUCUGUCCCAAGCCACUACCAAUCCGACCCUGAUCGGACGCAAACGAGUUUAAACAUUCCCUCGAAUAUGAUGGCAUGGUCGGAUGCGCAGCAGCAGCACAAGAGGGCCCUAACCAAAUGGCACGAGCAUUUCACAUUCGUUCGGAGAGCAUUUUCAGUUUUAGUGGAAAUAAGUCGCGUGGAAAUAGUCUGAUAGAAAAAAGAAACGCAAGGUAAGAAAGAUUUAAUUUUAGCUGUUUCGUCGUCCUAUGAAAGAUCUCGCCUAAUUCGUCCUGUCAUAAUCUCUGAUGGCGAGAUAUACACUAAUUCAAAGAUGACGAGUUAUACCAAUCUAAUUGAAGUACGGAUGAAAUUGGAGUGAAAUAAAAAAGUGACAAACGA